GAUCAACUUCCACAGCGCAACGAUGGCCAACAAGACUAAGAAGAGCGGUGACACCAUCAACUCGCGCCUGGCGCUUGUGAUGAAGUCCGGAAAGGUCACCCUUGGAUACAAGUCCACCAUCAAGACCCUCCGCUCCGGCAAGGCCAAGCUGGUCAUCAUCGCCGCCAACACUCCUCCCCUCCGCAAGAGUGAGCUCGAGUACUACGCCAUGCUCGCCAAGGCCCCCGUUCACCACUUCUCUGGUAACAACGUGAGUGCAACCGCCGUAUUUCUCGCUCGGGACAUGUCCGGAGGCAGGCUUCUCGACCCUGGGUCUCGGAACACUGCCAGGACAUCCACCACAUAGUCCUUGAGUAGAUUGCUAACGCAGACGUACAGAUCGAGCUCGGUACCGCCUGCGGUAAGCUCUUCCGCACUUCCACCAUGACCGUCCUCGAUGCCGGUGACUCCGACAUCCUCACC